CCCCCACCCUCGCGUCACACAUUUCGCACUAUAAACUUCCGAUCCCAGCCUCAUUUACGCCACAACACAUUGCACCGGCCGUGCGCGUUGCUCGUCACCCAUGGCCAAGCGCCUCUUCCAUUCUUGCCGCUCCCCGUCCGCCGCCGCCGUGGUCACCCCCGCCACCAACCUCCUUGCCAAGCACCACUCACCGGCCUUCACGCCCCCCGCCGGCGGAUGCUGUCCGCGCGGCCUCCCUCACCGGCGGCCGCUGCCACCGGAGACCUGCAGCGCGAGGGGCUGCGCUGCCGACUACACUGCCGACGACCUCCCUCCGGCCCGUGGAACGCCCGCCUACCGCUGGCUGAAGAGCUCCCACUGGCACGUCAUCGAGGCCGCCACCGACGGCGACGACACGCCUCGCCUCAAGAUCGACGCGCGGCGCCGGCUGCGGCGCUCCCGGCGCCGCCGCCGGCUCCACCGCAAGGCGGCCAUAGAGAGCCUGUCGUCCGGCGACAGCGGGUGGUUCAGCAGCAGCGAGGAGCCGAGCGCGUACAGCAGCCGCAGCGUCGAGGCGGAGGCGACGCUGGUCACGUCCACCGCGACGGAGACCUCGUCGGGCGUGAGCGGGAGCUCCGGCGCCGUGGCGGCGGCCGCUGAGGCGGUGGUGGCCGGGAGCUUCGCGGUGGUGAAGCGCUCGGACGACCCCCGGGCCGACUUCCGGCGGUCCAUGGCGGAGAUGGUGGUGGGCCGCGGCAUCUACGACGCCGACGGGCUGGAGCGCCUGCUGCGGUGCUUCCUGGCGCUGAACGACCAGCGCCACCGCCGCGACAUCGUCGACGCUUUCGGCGACGUGUGGGAGGCCGUGUUCUCCAGCCCACUGCCGCACGGCGCCGUCACCUCCGCGCCUGCCGCGAGCUGCCGCGCGGCCGCUGCAGGGGCGCCUCGUUAGUAGAAGUGCAGAGCACGCAUGGCCACCCUGUAAAAUGUGAUUAUGUGUGGUCGUACACGUGGUAGACUAGACGUACGUAUGUAACUUAUACUACUCUAUGUUCUUUCUUGUUUGGGUUUGCGGCAGCGGCCUCCUUCCGGUUGCUUGCAUGCCACUUCAUCUUUGCAGUGUGGAAAUCGGCGCGACUACUCGGAUGUGAUAGGACGUGAACAGGGAGCGUCUCUCAUGCCUAUUUCUCGAUCUCAGCUCUCAGGUCUCGGCCUAGCCAUCUCUUCUCAGAAUUCUGUAAAUAGUUGCUCUGGUGAAUCGUAUUUUACUACAUCCUGCAAUUGGGUUUUCCAGUUUCA